CCCCCACUCUCUGAAGAGUAGGUGGAUAUGAAAGCCGGGGGUGAACUAUACCACAAGUUGAUAUAUGUUAGCUCGUGAAAACAUUACCGAUAUUGGAUAUUGGAAUUGAUUAUGAGUACCAACUGUCAGAAGAAUUUUCUGAGCAUUCACUCAGUGUUAUCAAGAGGGGAAUUGAGAUCCAAAAGUGUCUGUUGAUAUGGCAGUGAAACAGACUCAGAAUCUUACAUCUACGAUUGAUAAUCCUAAAACUGUAUUGUAUAUGUCGGAUUCGUCCUUCAAAGUCAGCGGGUAUUUCGUAAAUAUUAUCUCUCUGCAUCAGAAAACUUGAAGUAUUACUUCUCUUAUUUUGUUUAUUGAACAUCUUACAAGAUUGGCAUAUACACACUGGAUUUUCCGCUUAUGUCGUUAGAUCCUCCAAUUGAAAAUCUUCUUAAAUGGUUGAGAACGUUUAAUACAGCGGCAAGUGUUCACUCCGUACAUGAUAUCUCGGAUGGUAUUGUCUUGGCUAAAGUUCUACAUUCCAUUGCUCCGAAUCACUUCACUGAGGAAUGGUUACAAAAAUUCAAUUACGAAGCUGGAAUUAAUUGGCGACUCAAGGUCAGUAAUCUGAAGAAAGUACUGAAGGCUGUUAUCGAUUUUUUAACUGAGGAAAUUGAAGACAGAAUAUCUGUUCAUUUGUUACCUAAUCUUCAAGAAAUUGCUGAACAUGGAGAUAACGAGUCAACCUUUCGUCUGUUACAACUCAUUCUUGGUUGUGCUGUCAACUGUGAUAAUAAAGAAACGUAUAUUCAAAUCAUUAUGUGUAUGGAAGAAUCAGUACAACAAGCAUUAAUGGAAGCGAUACAACAAUUGAUGUCAUCUCGUCUCGGCGGUGUCAGUGGUCUAAGCAGUAUGACCGGUGGUAGUAGUGAGCAUGGAGGAGGAGGAGCACAGGCAGCAGCUGGAGGAGGAGGAGGAGUUGGAGUGCCAGGCGGUGGAUUAAUCGAUUAUGAAGAUCGAUUAUGCAAAGCAGCUGAACAAUACAAAACUUUAUUGAUUGAAAAGGAACAAUUAGCUGAACAAUGUAACGCUUUAAAAAUUGAAGUGUUCAAUUUACAAGAGGAGAAAUCAACUCUCCAGUCAGAAUUAAAUCAACUAAAAGUUCAAUUGAAUUCAUUGGGUUAUAGCAGCCAUCAGAUGUUGACAACAGAAUCAUUGUCAACAAUAACAUCAACAACAACAACAAUAACUCCAUCACAAUCAACACCUUCCUCCAUCUUAGAAUCACUUCCAGUCGCCUUGAAUCCUAUAGAUACAAAUAAUGUUAUUAUGAGUCCAACGAUAGCUAAUGUGCGUAUCAGUCAUUUACAAAAUCAAUUAUCAAAAUUACGUGAUGAAUUAUACAGAACUGAAUGCGAUAAAGAAGAACUCAAGAUUAAAUUGACUGAAAUGACUACACGAAAUCAAGAUUUAAAACAAAAAUGUUCCAUCCUUGCUGCUAAAGCUGAAGAAAGUGUCCAUUUAAAAGAUGAAUUAGAUAUAGCCCGGGAAGAAGCGUCAACUGCACUCCGCCUAUCAGCUACAAUUGAACAAUUACGCAAGCAUGCUGAUGAAGCAAUCAGCCUACGUGCACGUUGUUCCCAACUAGAAACGGAUAAUCAAGUUUGUAUGCAACGAUUGGCUGAAUUAGAACAAGAAACACGAUUGGGUGGGAAGAUACGUUCUCAAGUCAAGGCACAACGUUUACAAGCUGAAGAUGCCCAACUGGAAGCUAGUGAAGCUAUCCGAAGAGCAGAAUUAGCUGAACAAGAGUUGAAUAGGCUUAGACAAGAAUUGAUAGCAACAAAUCGUGAAAAAGAGUGUAUCUUCUCAGAACUAACCCGUCUUCGAUCGUGUUGUGAAGGUCUUCAAUCAUGUGCACAAUUAUCAAAUUAUAGUACACCUGUGAAUAGUAAUAAUAAUAGUUCAAUACUAUCGCCUGCAAUGCAAUCACAAAUGUUAAAUCUUCAAGAAGAACUUAGUCGUUUACGUACAUCAAUAUAUAGUAUGGAGAGUGGUAGCAUCCAUGGUGGAAGUGGAGUCGAUGGUGGUGACAGUAUUGGUGGUGUCGGUGAAGAAGAUGCUGAUUAUGUUGGUGAUGAUGCUGAUGAUAAAUUGGCGUUCGAAUCGUCGAAUUUAUUGAUUGGCCAGUCAGUACCAUCAGAUAUGCUUGUUACAAGUAGUAUUAGUAGCAAUACAUCACGACCACAGAAUCCUCGUCAAUAUCUGUCAAGUAAACUGACGACAACAACCACAGCAGCAGAUUGUGCCUUAUCCAUAGCCUCUGAUGUUAUCCAAUCGACAAAAAAAGGCGACAGCGAUUUGGAUGAACAAUACCAACAGCUGCAAGAGGCGUAUAACAACCUGUUGACACGAUUAACACAGAAAGAAGGCGAUUUCAUUGAAAUGGAACAAAAGUAUCGUGGAUAUUUAUGGAAAGCGCGGGAAGUUAUCCGCCUUCUGGAACGUCAACAUCGUAUCCAUCAGGAUAUUUGUCCAGAGUAUAGAAAGAAGAGUUUUUCAUUGAAACAGCAAGAGAAUAAUAAUAAUGCGAAUAAUAUCGGCGAGAGUGAUAGUGAUAAUAAUAAUAAUAACAAUGAUAACAGCAGAAAAUACGAUGAAGAGAUUAGUCAUCUACGCAGUUUAUUAGUUGAAAAAGAACGUGUUAUUGAAAAGUUGGAAACUCAUCAUGAACAAAUGCGACGUCAUCGUGAAGCUGAAGAACGUCUCCUUUUGACAGCUUGGUACAAUUUAAUCAUUCAGUCAACACAGAACACAAUUGAAGAUGGUUUAAAACGCCAGUCAUGUGAAAAUUGUAAUUAUCCUAUAAAAUCUCCGUCAACAACAACAAAGUCAAAUCAUACAAAAUCAUCCACUGCCGAGAAUAAUCUCUCCUUCCUGGCUAGACAACGAAAUGUUCAUUUGAAACCACCGAAAGAUUUAACUUCAGUUGUAAUGUCCAGUAGAUGAAUGUCGUGUGUGUGUGUGUGGGGGGGGCUUUGUUUCUCCUUCUCACCUUCCGCCUCAAAAAUCCCACUCAAUCCAUCGACCCACACACACACACGCACGCAAACAUGCAUUCAUUUGUAAUUGUGCAUUUUUUAACGUCGUCAUUACGUCAUCACCACCAUCAUCAUUUAUACUCUUAUCGUGAUCGUCAACACACACACACAAACACGCACACAUAUAGACAUUUUCUAGCAGAAAGUGAUAAUAAUAAGGAUCAGUUGAUUCUCCUUUUUGAUCUCACUUGCCUAUUUAUUAAUAAUAUAAUUAUUAUUAAUGUUGGUACUACUAUGUAUAUUUCAACCGUGUACAAUAAUAUUUUGAUUUCCCCAAUGGGUUGAUUCAUUGAUCAAUCAAAAUAUCCGUCAUUUAAUGAAUGAAUGCAUGACAUGUCAUGUCUCCUACCCAGUAUAUGGAUGCUUCGAUGAUAUAUAUCUAAAGAUUAAAUUGAUGAAAUAGUUUGAAGGCGGUGUCUGGCGAGAUCGGAUCCCAGGAACUAGGUAACUCUCGUAGUCCAAGUGGUUUGAAACGACACGGAUGCGCGCUGGUUUCCUAGUCACUACCACCCGUGUGAGUGAGUGAGUGAGUUCCAAGUGGGAUGAAAUGCCACACGUCUUGGAUGUGGCUUUCCAUCACCACCACCUGCUAGCUAUAGACACUAUUGAGUGAUUUACUUAUUAUUAUGUAUGUAUAUUAUCAUAUUCUCUUGUCGCCUCUUUUGUAGCCUUAUUAUUAUUGAUUUUAUUAUCGAUUAUAUGCCCAUGUGUAACAGCGGCUUCUCUUUCGCUGUCUGUGAAUGUCUACACUGUGUAUGUACUGCCUUCUUUUCAAGCAUUCUUCAUCACUCUUUCUUGUGUAAUUUGGUUCUAUUUUCCCUUUUCCCCUUGUUUUUUUAUGUGAUCUUCUCCUUUUUAUGAUCACUUUUCACCUUUUUUUCUCUGAACAUUCAAAUACUAUUGAAGACUAGUUAAUAAGUAGUAUAUACCGCUUGUCUUCAUUUUAAUUAAAAGUAGUAGUAGUAUCGGUCCUAGCCUCCUCCGUUUACGUUACACAUUACGUGAACUGGAUCUUGUUCUCUUUCUCAGAUAUUCUUUCUCAUAUUAUGUCAUUGAAUGAAUGAACACCUUGUGUUUUUUUGUGGCACAUAAAUUCGUAUCUUUCUUUCACUGAACUUUCUCUAUUUGUCUUUCUCUGUUCAUCAUCAUCUUCUUCAUAUUGAUUUAUUAAUUGAUUUUUUUUUGUAAUCGAUAUGAGUAUGAAUGAAUGAUAAUAUUCUCUUUGUAAAAAAAUAAAAUCAAUAAAUUUCUCUUCUAUCAUGGA